CCUGCGGACCAGGAGGCAAAGGGGAUUCUUCUUUCGUAUACUUGUUUCAUCUUCGCAGCAGGUAUUGUUGCACUGCUUACAACAAUCCAAACAUGUUCGGUUUAUAAGCAGUGGUUUAGUGGGAUCCGACAAGUGCAGAACAACCACGCACACAUUUUAUAUCUUCGUGGUUCCAGGUGACACCAACGCAUGUCCGUUUUUGCGACUUUUUACAUACAUACAUUUAUGGGACUUAGUUUUUACAAGUGCGCUAGAUUUCAUACCGUUUAAUCCGCAGGAAAUAAAUAAAUACACAAAUAAAUUACUCCCGUAGUUGAAGAUUUUCCUGAUACUGCACAAGAAUGGUAUAAAACGGGGUUGGAAUUUUGAGACGGCAUACGCAGUCCCCCAAUGCGACCCACGAUAAUAGAGAAACAGUAAAACACUGAAAUUACUCAGAUCCGUGGUCAAAAAAAGAAGCUUCCGCUACUAGUCCAGGCGUUGAUCCAUCUCCAAGAUGGUCAAGAUUGCAAUAUUCUUACUGGCAGCAACAGUGAUUGGACAUUGGGCGGAACGGACUCCAAACCACUUGGUGUACAGGACGGUCAAUUUUCCUAAUCAAUCACGCAGCAUAAAUCCCCAAUCAUCAGCAACUUUUUCAUUCGUUCCGUACUCAAACACGUAUCCAUUUUAUGCUCUGUGGAACAAUGAACGAAAUGUCGGCAGACCAUUUGCACCCCAUCGGUCCAUCGAUCCUUCGGGGGGUGUCGGCAUUUCUAAUCAAAUUCCACAAAUGCCACCAAGUAGCCAGCAGCAGCAGCAACACUUGGGCAUAGGCUCGGGCUACAACAAUGGACAAAAUUCAGCCCAAACUCCUUUUGUCGUCCCAUUCGCCACAAUUUCAGAAGCGUAUGACAACCUGUGGAACUAUGAUUUCAAUAGUCUUCGACCCAAAAUUCAUGCCGUCCAAACCCCUCCGCAAUUCGCUGCGGACAAGAAUGAUGAUACCGCGGGGGGCUGGAACAACAUACCCUUGAAGAGCUACGAGCAAAUUGUUAGUGAUGCUGGACACCAUCUGACAGGGUUUCACCGAGGUCAAGUCGAGUCAUCCUCCAUGGUGGACAUUUUCUUUCCUCAGCAUGGAUUCACUCGUGGUCACGUCGAAUUCAGACCUGCUGCUCCCACCACGAACCCAAUUGUACGGGCUGCAGCAACGGGUGAAAUUUAUAAAACCGGGUUUAGUCGUGGAGCUGUCGAAAGCUCAGAUUUUCCCAGGCGCACUGGUCACCAGCAACAGCAUCAGGAAGAGAAUAGAAUAAUUCGUUACGAGGCUGACACCCCAACGUCAAACAAUAAAGUUAUCUGUUACUUUGCUAGUUGGUCGUAUUACAGAACUGGGAAAGGAUCAUUUAGUCCAGAAAAUGCGAAUCCUAGUCUUUGCACUCACGUAAUUUACGCAUUCGCGAACUUGGAUAAGAACAAAAUUGCGAUUAGAGAGAGUGAUCCCCAAUUGGACCUGGACAAACAGUUUUACCAGAGAUUCACAGCCCUGAAGCAAAGGAACCCAAAUCUAAAAGUUUUGCUCGGUUUGGGUGGAUGGUCGGAUUCUGGGGAUGACAAGUAUAGCAUCUUAGCCAACAAUGCAGAAUAUCGUCGCAAGUUUUCCGUUGAAACUGCAAAAUAUUUGAAGGACAAGAAUUUCGAUGGGUUAUCCGUAGAUUGGCACUACCCCAAAUGUUGGCAGUCGCAGUGCGAAAAUGGUCCGGAUUCUGAUAAACUAGCCUUCACAGAACUGAUAAAGGAGUUGCAAAACACGUUCAAGCCGCAAGGUUUAAUUGUUUCUGCAACGCUGAGCGGAUAUAAAGAAGUUGUUGAUCUUGCAUACGACAUACCAAGUCUGUCGCAGCAUUUGGACUUGAUGAAUGUCAUGGCUUACGACUAUCACGGUGCCUGGGAAGUUAAGACUGGUCACUUGGCCCCGCUGUUUACUGGACCACCCUCAUUUGACCCUUAUCCAUCCUACAACGUCAAUUACACAAUGCAAUACUACCUGAGCAAAGGAGCCGAUCGGUCCAAGCUUAUUGUCGGAGUUCCAAUGUACGGCCAGAGUUUCCAUUUGAGCAACCCUGGUGACUCGUCGUAUGGGAGUGAGGCCAUAGGGCCUGGACUUCCGGGAGAAUUUACCCAGCAACCUGGGAUGCUUGCCUACUAUGAGAUCUGCUUAAGGGUGAAAGAUAAGCAGUGGACGUCAGGAGUGGAUCGUACUGGAAGUUGGGGUCCAUACGCCUACAAAGAUUCCGAGUGGGUGGGGUACGAUGAUUCGGAUUUUCUAACGCGAAAAGCACGAUACGUAAAACAGCAGCAAUUGGGAGGAAUGUUUGUGUGGACAAUGGACUUGGACGAUUUUCAGAACCAGUGUUGCAUGGGAAGCCAACCUUUGUUGCGAACUAUUGCCAAAGAACUGCUCGGAGUUCCAUAUGAUCCGAACGUUGUGGAUUGCACUCCUCCAGUGGUGCCAAAACCAUCCGUGGAGACUACGACGAGUAAACCAGGCCAAGGUGCCACAGUUCGCCCACCAACUGAGCAUCCAACGAGCACCUGGUGGCCACAAACCUCCACAUCCACAAUUAAACCCCCUCCAUCAACCCCUCUCAUUCCCGAAAGUAGUACCCCCUCCACCACAACGCUAGGUAGCACGGCAUCCACCACGAUUUCCCCCCCUUUGUCCACAACACUUUCCACCACACCUGACUCGUCGAAUGGAACGACCAAUUCCCCUCCAGAGUCUGCAUCAUCCGCACCCGUAGUUUUCAUAUGUCAACAAAUCAAUGGAUCCGACUCACAAAUGUCUGUGGUUCCGCAUAUGACCACCGCUCCAACACCAACGAGCCCAACUUCACCCACCUCAGAACCCGAGGGAGGUGGAGGGGUUCCCAUUCCGGAAAAUACGUGCGACAACACUUGGAUUUUUAAACCGGAUCCGUCCGACUGUUCCAUGUAUUACGAAUGUACUAGUGGCAAGGCGUUCAAAAAGCAGUGUCCACAAGGACUCCACUGGAACCAGUACCAACAAGCUUGUGAUUGGCCGGAAUAUGCAAAUUGUGGAGGAACUGCGCCCACAUCCACGUAUAAACCUCCCAGCUCAUCGCAAGCAACUUGGCCACCGAGCACAACAACUAAAUGGACAACGACUCAGCAACCAACAACUCGACCUCCAAUGACGCAGAUGCCGUCAACAACUUAUCGACCCUCUGGAGAACGAUGCAGAUCAGGCGAAUAUUCACCUGGACCAACUUGUGAUCGGUAUUAUGUUUGCGUGGACGGAACACAAACUUUACAAUCCUGUGGACCAGGACUACAUUGGAACUCACAGAAAACUUUGUGUGAUUGGCCAAAGAGUGCAAUGUGUCAAACAUCGUCGGGUGGUGGCAGCGACGUCCCAUCGAUCCAGGAAACGAAAUUUCCAAAGAACUGUCAACAAGGAGAAUAUUAUGGUGACGAAGACGAGUGUGACGUUUACUACGUCUGCAAUCAUGGACAUCCAAUCCAGUUCCGCUGUCAAUCGGGAUUGCAUUGGAACAACAAUGGAAAAAUUUGUGAUUGGCCAGCCAAUGCAGGAUGUCAAAAUUCAGGGGGCAGACCAACCACAACGACGACUAGUGGUCCAAUUUAUACAGAUGCUCCCAGCACUACGAUGAGGCCAGCAACUACACGACCAACGACAACUGCAAGUCCUUCGACAAGACCGCCUACGACGACCGCAGUAACUACAACAAGCAGCACUUCAUCGUCCCCUUGGACCACGACGACAACCAGUUCAGGAUCAGGAUCGGAGGUUGUGGUCCCAGAUUCAGGGUCAAACGCUAAGGAUUUCAUGAUUGUGUGCUAUUUCACCAACUGGGCUUGGUACAGGCCCGGGAUUGGAAAGUACAAGCCUGAAGAUAUAAAUCCUAAACUUUGCACUCACAUCGUGUAUGGAUUUGCCGUGUUGGACUAUACUGACCUCACGUUGAAGCCUCAUGAUACAUGGGCCGACUUUGACAACCACUUUUACGAACAGGUCACAGCGUACAAGAAGGGCGGGACAAAGGUGACCUUAGCCAUUGGGGGAUGGAACGACUCGCAAGGGGACAAGUAUUCAAGACUUGUGAACAACCCGGCAUCUCGAAAAAAAUUUAUCACUCAUGCAAUUGAAUUUAUUAAAAAGUACAACUUUGACGGACUGGACCUUGACUGGGAAUACCCCAAAUGCUGGCAGGUCGAAUGUGACAAAGGACCUGCGAGUGACAAACCAAAUUUUGCUGAAUUCGUUAAAGAAUUGAAGUUGGCCUUCCAGCCCCACGGGUUGCUCUUGAGUGCCGCAGUUUCACCCAGUAAACUGGUCAUUGACCAAGGUUAUGAUGUACCAACAGUUGCGAGAUAUCUUGAUUGGAUUGCUGUGAUGACUUACGAUUUCCACGGUCAGUGGGACAAGAAGACAGGCCAUGUCGCCCCCCUUUACUUUCAUGAAGAUGACGACUUUGCUUAUUUCAAUGCCAAUUACUCAAUUUCGUACUGGAUAAGCCAGGGAGCGGAUAGGAAGAAAAUUGUGAUGGGGAUGCCACUCUACGGUCAGUCUUUCACCCUCGCAAAUGCCAAUGAGCAUGACCUCAACGCUCCGACCAUUGGGGGAGGCACCGCCGGGGAGUUCACUCGAGCGGCAGGCUUCCUUUCUUACUACGAGAUCUGUAAGCAUGUGCAAAAGGAUGGAUGGACAGUGGUUCACGAUGAGACCGGAGCCAUGGGGCCAUACGCUUACAAAGGAAAUCAGUGGGUGUCGUACGACGAUGUGGCCAUGAUUCGCAAAAAGUCACAACUCAUCCGCGACAUGGGACUUGGAGGAGGUAUGGUGUGGGCUCUCGAUCUUGAUGACUUCCGCAAUACGUGCGGUCAGGGGGCUUAUCCACUUUUAACUACUAUAAAAAAUGUGUUGGGUAAGCCCAAACUUACGGAUGACCAUGACUCGUCUGCCUCCACACCGGACAUGGUCGAAAUGCCAGUGAUGGUUACAAAAAAACCAGCUACCACCACUACCAAACGAACUGUCACGACGACACGCCCCAAAACAACGACGACCCGCAGAAGUACGACAACGGCAGCAACAACAACUCGGCGCACAGUAACGACCAGACCGACAACGCGACGACCCCCAAAUAAAAUUGUGGGCAGUGUUGAAACCGAUGAUGCAUUUAUUAUCGGAGAGCAUGAAGCUGCAAUCAAUAAUCUACAGCACAAUCAACAAAAUCCAACAUCAUCACAACCAACGACGCCGACGACGACAACAGCAAUUACUCCUCCAGGAUCCCCUGUAGCCGAAAAGGAUGACGACUGUCAAACGAGACCAUUUAAGCCUCACGAGUCAGAUUGCAACAAGUACUACAUGUGUAUAUUUGGAAAUUAUGCGGAAUACCAAUGUGCUCCAGGCACUUACUGGAAUAAGGACCACUGUGAUUGGGUUUGCGGAUCUGAACCGGGCCAAAGCAGUACCACACCAGGAAAUUGGCAAAGCACCACCACCACCAAAGUUCCGAUGAGACCAACGCAACAAACAACAACUUCCUCUACGACCACGACCACCCAACGUCCAUGGACUCCAGCCCCCACGAUGCCAUCCACCACAGUCAACUGGAACCCUACAACAAGCAAACCCUCCACUUCUACAAGUUGGGAGUGGAAACCUCCAAUUAUUACAACCACCACCAUCCAUCCAAUAGAAGUCCCUGACUCAGACUUUUUGGUCGUGUGUUAUUUUACUAACUGGGCGUGGUAUCGACAAGGAAUUGGCAAGUACAAGCCAGAAGAUAUCGACUACAACCUGUGUACUCACAUUGCAUACGGAUUCGCCGUGCUAAAUCCUUCGACGCUGGAAAUUCGUACACACGAUUCUUGGGCGGACACAGAUAAUCAAUUUUACACCCAAGUUACAGACCUCAAAUCCAAAGGAAAGAAAGUAGUGAUCGCAAUCGGUGGUUGGAAUGACAGUCUUGGCGAUAAAUAUUCACGUCUUGUCCGAGAUGCCGCAGCAAGGCGAAAGUUUAUCAAAAAUGUGAUUGAAUUUAUUCAAAAGUAUAAUUUCGACGGACUUGAUCUAGACUGGGAAUACCCAAAAUGUUGGCAGACUGAUUGCAAAUUGGGACCGGCGGACGACAAGGAAAAUUUUGCAACGUUUGCCAGGGAAUUGAAGGAAGCAUUUACGCCCCACGGAUAUCUUUUGAGCUCUGCCGUCUCUCCCAGCAAAACCAUCAUUGACGAGGGAUACGAUGUGCCAAUAAUCAGUCAGUACCUCGACUGGAUCGCGGUGAUGACAUAUGAUUACCAUGGUCAGUGGGACAAAAAAACAGGCCACGUCGCGCCCAUGUACAAUCACGAAGAGAGUGACAACUUUUAUUUCAACUCCAACUACACAAUUAAUUACUGGAUAAGUAAGGGCGCGCCCAAGAAAAAAUUGGUCAUGGGAAUGCCCAUGUAUGGGCAAAGCUUCACACUUACGCAAGCGUCUAACCACGGCCUAAAUGCUCCAUCCACUGGAGGGGGCCAAGCCGGAGAAUUUACGAGAGCUCAGGGCUUCUUAGCUUAUUACGAGAUCUGCAAAAGCAUCAAAGGUCAGGGGUGGACCGUGGUGAGAGAUGACACUGGGGCGAUUGGACCCUACGCUUACAAGGGGGAUCAGUGGGUAUCAUUCGAUGAUGUGGACAUGAUUCGCAAAAAAUCUCAAUAUGUUAAGGACAUGGGAAUUGGAGGGGCUAUGAUUUGGGCUCUUGAUUUGGACGACUUCCGAAAUGUGUGCGGGUGUGAGAAACAUCCACUUUUGAAAACUAUUAAUCGAGUACUAAGAGACUAUCCAGAACCAGAUCCAAAGUGCAAUUUGUAGCGAUUUAGUCAUUCUAAGCCAUAAUAUUUAAUUACUUUUUAAUAAUUAUUAAUUAGAAUUAGCAAAGUAGCACGUAGUUUAUAGCAUAGUACGAAAUACUCAAAUUGUCUUUUAGCAGGGUUAUUAGUAAUGAUGCGGGGUUAAACGUGUAAAUAAUUGUAAAUAUAUGUAAAUCUAAAUAGGAGGGGUCACAAUGUUUAAUAGGAUUCUAAAUACGUUUCGUUGCAUUUAUUUGUGUGUCAAUGUUGAAAUUAGUCAUACUUUAUUUAUUCUAGCUAUUUAUAUAAUUUAUAUAGUUGAAUAAACUAGGAAGAGAUUUAGCAGAA